UGUUUAAUGGAUAUGUUAAAGCCGUAACGAUGGAAAGUGUGUGCAUUGGUUCUCUUAUGAAUGUGGUGUUAAAGGUCCACAUAGAAGUCUUGUGAUCCCUUCUCGGCCUUUUGGCUUCGAUCGGUUUGUUAAAUUGAUUAAAGUCAGGUGGUUCCGUGGACCGUCGUACCUUUGGCCCUCUGACAUCGGCAACAUUGUUGUCUUAAAUCGGUUGCUGCUUUUGGAGGUGGACGCAUUCUACAGAAACGAGUGGUGAUCAUUCUUGUAAUAGGUGGAUUUGGAGCAUCGCUUUUUAUCUGCCAAGAUGGAGAAUCAAGACGGAAGAAGAGUGAAGAUUGCGGUGGAAGGAGGUUUUGAGGAGAGAAAGAAGAAGGAGUUUUUUUCGGAGAAUUUGAAAAUGAGAGACACUAUUCGUUUUGAAGUUGAGCCGGAGUACAGGCAAGGUAAAGACUUACGAUUUUUGGUUAUUGAGAUUUUGGAGAAAUAUUUGAAAGUGGAAAGAGAGCAUUAUUUUUGUCUGCAAGAAUUCUACACAAGAGGUGUGUAUGAUGUUACUCUUGUAAAUGAGAAACUUUGCGAGAAUGCUUUUGAUUUAUAUUUAAUUUUCAAAGGAGACCCUGCAUUUAAGGGCAUAAAAGUCUUGCCGCUGUUUCAAAACAAAGAAAAACUGCUUACAAUUCAUAUGUAUGAUCCCUUUAUUUCAUCACAAGAAAUUGAGGCUUUUCUUUUUCGUUAUUGUGAUAAAGUUUUUUAUAAAGGGGAAGUAUUAAAUUCUUUUGGUACAUGGAAUGGCAAAAGAAGAUAUUUGGUGACUUUCAAAAAGGAUCAAAAGAGUUAUGGCGGGCUUUGUAGGCCUCCUCCUUUGGUGUAUAUUAAUAGGAGUCGAGGUUUUCUUUUCUACGCCGGAAUGCCGUUCUUUUGCAAGAAAUGCAAAGAUCACGGCCAUACUGAGGAUAAUUGUAUCCGUUGCUUGGAGUGUGUUGGCAUGAAUCACACAAAAAGAGAGUGUCCACGGAACGUAUGCCAGAAGUGCUAUGCGCAUGGUCAUGCGGCAGAGGACUGUCCUGUUCCUGCGUAUGUGCUGGAGCCGAGUGGUGGAGAGGAGGUGGUGAAUGUGCAGCAGGAGAUUAUGGAAGAGAAUGUUGUGCAGGAACCUGAGAAAGGGGUUGUGGCAGGAGGUAGUGGUGGUGUGCCCGAUCCUUCAGAGUUGUCUGUGCAAGAAGAUUCAGCUGUGGAGCCUGAAAUAAUGGAGAUUGAUACUAGAAAUUUGAAAAGAGGUGGAGAGGAGGUGUCUGUAAAAUUAUCAAAAAGUGAGAAGAAAAGUCAAAAGAAAACUGAAAGAGCAACAAAGAAACAGAAAAAAAGUGAGAAGGUUUUUUCUAGUGAAGUGACUGCAUCUAGUGAAGUGACUGCAUCUGAGAAGAUUGAAGAUUUUCUUAGUGAAGUGACUGCAUCUGAGAAGAUUGAGGUGUUUCAUAGUGAUGUGGACAGUGAUCAUGAUUCCUUAGUGAUUCGUGAAUUUUCUUCCACAGCUCUUCCAAGAAUAGAGGAAUGUAGUGACGGAGGAGGAGAAAAAAGUCCGAUCCUACAAAUUUCUCGAAAGUAAUGAUGGUUUAUAUUGCCUCUUUAAAUGUAAGGAGCCUUAGAAGCCCAAGAAAGAGGGCAGCUCUUUACGAUUUUUUUGAAAAUGAGUUAUAUGAUAUUGUUUUUCUUCAAGAGUGCAAUAUUGAAAAUAGUUUAAGUUAUGAUAAAUAUAAAAAAGGCUGGAAAGAUCAUGUUUUUUUUUCAGGAGGGAAUGAAAAUAAAAGUGUGGGAGUUGGGAUCUUGUUAAAAGAAAAAUUUGUAGUGAAUUGGGUAGAAGAAAUCUUUCCUGGUAGAGCAAUAAUGAUUUCUGUGGACCUUAAUGGUGAAAAAUUUAAAAUUUUGAAUAUUUAUGCUGCUGUUGAAAAAGAAAAAAGAUUGGAAUUGUUUGAGAUAGUGAAAUUAUUUUUGUUGGGAAGAGAACCUGUGAUUAUGGGUGGGGACUUUAAUGUAUCCUGGCCAGGUGAAAAGGAAGAUGGAUCUAGGGAUGCUUCGGCAGAGUGUUUGAAAAGUACGAUUGAAUCCCUUAAAUUAAAAGAUGUAUGGAAGAUGGAAAGUAAUGCAGACUUUAGACUUACAUGGUCUAAUAGAGUUUCUUCUUCUAGAUUAGACUAUUUUUUUGUAUCGGAGAAUGUAGAUGGAGUUAAAAAAUUUUCAUCUAGAUGUAAUUGUUUCUCGGAUCAUAAAUUGAUAGAAUUUGUGUUUGAGGUACAAGGGAUUAUUAAGGUGAAAUCAACCUAUUGGAAAAUGAAUGUAACAUUAUUGGAGGAUGAAGUAGCUAAAGAAGAUUUUAUUAUUUGUUAUAAAAAGUGGAGGGAAGAUAAACUAAAAUUUAAUAGUGUGUUGGAGUGGUGGGAUUAUGUUAAAAUCUUAGUUAAGAAGUUUUAUAAUAAUUUAGGAAAAAAUAAAAUGAAAGAAAGGAGGGAGUUAUAUAAGGUAUUAAAUACUAGAUUGCAAACUUUUUUAUUAUUUCAAAAAGUAGGUAUUGAGGUAGAGAAAGAUAUACAAGAAACAAAAAAGGAGAUUAAAGAUAUUAUAAAUGAGAAAGGAAAGCAAAUUAUUUUUAAUUCUAGAGUAAAGGUUUUAGAAACAGAUGAGAAAUGUACAAAGUUCUUUUUUAAAAAAAUAGCUAAUAAGAAAGAUUUCAUUGAAAAGUUGGAGGGUGAAUCUAGUAUGGAAAGGAUGCUAAAAAAGUGGAAGUAUUUUUUAGAGAUCUUUUUUCGGUUAAAAAUACUGAUUCUUUUUUGGAAAAGUUUUUUUUGGAUAAUUUAGAGAAAAGUCUUCAUGAGGAGGAUGUGGUUUUUUUAAGUAGAGAGAUUACAGAAGUAGAAGUAUGGGAGUCAAUAAAAAGUUUUUCAAAUCUUAAAACACCAGGUAUGGAUGGGAUUCCAGUGGAAUUUUAUAAAUUAUUCUGGGAGAUUUUAAAAGAGGAUUUAAUAGAGGUUUUAAAAGAAGUUUCAGUAAAAUAUGUUUUACCAUCAUCAUGGUUAGAAGGAAUUGUUGCGUUAAUUUAUAAAAAAGGAGAGAAGGAAUGUAUUAAAAAUUGGAGACCGAUAACGCUGUUGAAUACAGAUUAUAAAAUUUUUGCUAAAAUUAUUGCAACAAGAUUAAAACAAGUUAUAGGGAAUAUAAUUGAGGAAAGUCAAUAUUGUGCAGUACCGGGUAGAUCAAUAACAGAGGCUUUAUGUUUGAUAAGAGAUAUUUUAGAAGAUACAAACGAGAGGAAUCAGAAAUUAUUGUUAACUUCUUUUGACUUUGAGAAGGCUUAUGAUAGGGUCUCUCAUGAUUUUCUUUUUAAAAUUUUAAGAAGAUUAGGGAUCCCUGAAGGUUUGAUAUGUCAGAUUAAAAGUUUAUAUAUAAAUAGUUUUAGUAAAAUCUCAGUAAAUGGUUUUCUGUCUAAAAAAGUAAAUUUGUAUUCAGGUGUAAAACAGGGUUGCCCCCUAUCCCCAAUCUUAUUCAUUUGUGCCAUUGAGCCAUUGUUGGUGAGUUUGCGAAAGGAUAAAAUAGUGAGAGUUUUUUUUGUUCCAGGAAGUGGUAAUAUGCAAGUAAAAACAGUUGCGUAUAUGGAUGAUAUAUCAAUUAUUUUGAAUGAUGUAUGUGCAUUUAAAAGAGCUUUAAGAACUUUGGAGUGGUUUUGUGGAGCUUCAGGUUUUAAGGUAAAUUAUGAUAAGUCUUCUUGUUUAAUGAUAGGAGAAUGGGUUUUUGAUUUUAAGUGUGAGUUGCAAUUUUCAAGAGAAAUUAAAGUCUUAGGGAUCUAUUUUUCAGAUAAUUGUGGGAAUGUUAAGAAUUGGGAAACCCUCUUGGAGAGAGUUAAGAAAAAAAUUAAUUUUUGGCGAAUGAGAGAUCUUACAAUAGAAGGAAAGGUUUUAGUUUUAAAACAAGUCAUUCUACCGAUUAUCUUGUAUGUUUCUAUGGUUUUUAGUCCUCCGAUAUUGUGGAUGAAGAGAUUCAUUAGAGAGUUUUUUAUCUUUUUAUGGAAAUCAAAGAUGGAAAGAUUAAAGAGAGAAGUGUUAUGUAAGGAAAAAUAUAAAGGGGGGAAAGCUUUUCCAGAUCUUAGAAAAUAUUUAUUAAGUAAAAUUUUAGCCUUUUCACUAAAAAUGGUGUUUUGUUCAAAAUCU